GAAGGGACUGUGGCAAAAGCGUUGAAUUAAUUGCUACUGUUACUGUGGGUCGCAGGACAAGAGGGGCGAAGAGGUAGAGGAGAGCGAGAGAAGAGAAGACUCAUGGCAAGAGCACCUCAAGGCCAAAACAAAGCUCCAGGAGCUUUCUUCUUGGCGACUCUGCUGCUAUGGAUGAUCUCUGUGUUGUUCGAGAUUGUGUUUAACAAGAGAAGGGAGCUACUCUCUGUUGUUGGUGGCUUUUGUUUCUAUCAAUUUGCCAACUGGGUCAUCCGCUCGUGGGUCUCCAAGGACCCUCUCCUGGUCAAUACUUGCGUUUCCCUCCUCCACUCCUCCAUCACCUCCGCUUCAGUGAUUUUUAUUUUGGUCAAUGAGUUGAUAAGGAUGGGUUCCAAUGGGAUGUUUGAGCACUCAAAGCUGGUUGGGAACACUUGGCCCUGGGCAUACCCAGCUCUGUGCUUUUCAUGUGGCUACUUUGCGUACGAUCAGUGGGAUAUGCUGCAUUACCGAUUGUACAGUGGUUGGAUCCCUUCCAUCCUAGUGCAUCAUCUGUUGCUACUUGUUUGCUUUACACUUGCAUUAUAUCGGAAUGUCACCAUCAACUAUCUUAUUCUUACUCUCAUUUGUGAGCUGCAUUCUAUCUUUUUGCACACGAGGAAAGUGAGACGGAUGGCUGGUAUUCGUGAUGCAAAAAGCAAGGCGGUGAAGGCAGAAUGGGUCCUCAGCUGGAUCACCUUCAUUGUAGCAAGGUUUGCCCCACACAUUCUCAUUACAAUCAAGCUUAUCAGAGAUUCUCCAAGGUUCGAAAAGGGUGUGGAGUUGCCUCUAGCAUUGUUUGGGAUGGGAGGGAUGAAUUUGCUCAACACUUUCCUGGGUAUUGAUCUCUUCAGAGCUUACAGGAGAGAGAAGAGUUCUCAACAUCAUGAAUGAUGAAGUUCUUUUGUAUCUUAACUUUCAUCAUUUGUUGUUAUUGAUUUUGCGUAGGAAAUGAAUGAUUAGCUUACAUUUUUGUCAUGUCAGCUGUAAAUGACAACACCAUUUGUUUGUCUCAGUUUCUACAUGAAAUAUAGCAAAAAAAUUGUCUGAAUUUCAAUA